GUCCCCGAGCGCCGCCGUGACCACCGUGACCACCACGACGGCCACCCCCGCCCCCCCCGCGGGGCCACCGCCCCCCUCGGCCGCCCCCGACGCCCCCGGGGACGAGGCCGAGGCCGCCCCGGGUGUCCCCGCCCCGGUCGCCGCCCCCGGUGUCCCCGCCCCGGUCGCCGCCGGCACCGAGAGCCCCGCCCGGUACCCAGACCCCGCCCCCGCUGCGGCCACACCCACCGAGGCCACGCCCACCACGGCGGCGGCGACCCCCGGGGCGACCCCCACGGUGACCCCUUCGGUGACCCCCACGGUGACCCCCGGGACCCCCUCGGUGACCCCCUCCCCCGCUGCCGCCGCUGCCACGGCCACGCCCACCACGGCCUCGGCCACGCCCACCACGGCCUCGGCCGCCGCCACGCCCACCUCGGCCACGCCCCUGCUGUCCCUCACCCCCUCCAAGCCCGCCCUGGUGGGUGGAGUCACGGCCCUGCCCCGCCCCCCGGGGUCCCUCCUGUCGCUCACCCCCGCGGGUGGGCGUGGCCUGCGCCCCUCGCCCCGCCCCCCUCCGGGCUCUCUGCUCUCGUUGGCCACCGCCCGCGGGGGCGUGGCCGGCCGGGGGGGCGGGCCCUUCCCGCUAUUGGCCGCCCGCAGCCCCGGCUCCGCCUCCUUCCAGCGCGCGGCCACGCCCUUCCUGGCCACGCCCACGCGGGGGGGAGGGGCGGGGGGAGGGGGGUGGAGCCCCAGGACCCCGCCCAGCCCUUUCCUGCGGGGGGGCGUGGCCGGGGGGGCGUUCCCCCGCCUGGGAGGGGGCGGGGCUUGCCUGCACCGUUUCCACGGCAACCUGGGGGCGGGGCUGGGCUGCUCGGCCCGCCUGGGGGGCGGGGCCUGCCUCCACCGCUUCCACGGCAACGCGGGCAUGGGCGUGGCCUCGGUGGCGGCGGCGGCCAAUCGGAUCAGCCCCUGCGGCCACCGGGGGUGCUGCUACCACGGCAGGGGCGGGGCCUCGCUGGGCGGGGGCGGGGCCGCCCCCCGGAGCCCCUCCCCCUUCGCCAUGACCCCCGCCAUGGCCGCCAGGAUGGCCCAGUACGGCCUGGGCUCGUCCCAGUACAACCUCGGCUCCUCCCAGUAUAACCUUGGCUCCUCCCAGUACGGCGCCAGCGCCUCCCAGUACGGCACCGGCGCCGCCCAGUACGGCAGCGGCACCGCCCAGUACGGCACCAGUGCCGCCCAGUACGGCACCGGCGCCUCCUCCUCCUCCUCCUCCUCCUCCUCCUCCUCCUCCCAGUACAACACCAGCUCCUCCCAGCUGGCGGCGGCGGGGGCCCAGUACCAGUACCAGCAGUACGCCCAGUUCGCCUCCCAGUACUCCCAGUACUCCCAGUACGGCUCCACCGACGGCUCCCAGUACGCGGGGGCGGGCUCGGAGGCCUCCCAGUACGCCAGCACGGCCGCCCAGUACGCCGCCAGCGCCGCCCAGUACGCGGCCUCGGGGGCGGCCGCCGCGGCCGCCGACCCCUCCCAGUACGCGGCGGCCACUGGGAACCAGUACGGGACUGGGGCGGGGGGCGGGGCCGGCGCGGCCUGGGCGGGGGAGGGGGCGGGGACGGCGCAGGAGGGGGCGUGGACUGGGAGCGGGGGAGGGGUGAACUGGGGCAACUGGGUGUCCCCCGCCCCCUGAAAGGGGGUGGGGCCCGUGGGCGUGGUUUAGGGCGGAGGCCCCGCCCCCCCUUUUAGGAUGGAGGCGGAGUCUCGUUGGCGGCGACGCUUCGGCUCCUCCCCCCCCUCUUCCCAGCACGGGAUUGGCUGAGGUGAGAGCGGGGGGCGGGGCCGAGGGGGAGGGAGGGGAUUGGGGGGGAAAUGUUGGAUUUUGGGGGGAAAUGUUCGUUUUGGGGGGAAAAUGUCCGGUUUUGUGGGUGGUUUCUGGGGUGAAAAUGUUGAGUUUUGGGGUGAAAAAUGUCCGGUUUUGGGGGUGGAUUUUGGGGUAAAAAUGUCCAGUUUUGGGGGUGGAUUUGGGGUGAAAAUGUCCAGUUUUGGGGGUGGUUUUUGGGGUAAAAAUGUCCGGUUUUGGGGGUGGAUUUGGGGGUGAAAAUGUCCAGUUUUGGGGGUGGUUUUUGGGGUAAAAAUGUCCGGUUUUGGGGGUGGAUUUGGGGGUGAAAA